UUAUUUCUAACGUUUUACAAAUAACAAAAUAGCAAACAUGAAGUUCGCCAUUGCCGUAGUCUUGCUUGCUUUAGCUUUGGGUGCCAACUCCUCAGUUAUUCCAUGGGGACCAGUUGUUGUCGGUGGACCAGUUCCUGGUACUGUAGUAGUUGGUGCUCAUCCUCAUGCUGCUGUUACAGUUGCGGCACAUCCCCCUCAGGUUGUUGUCGGUCCUGGACCAGUACAAGUUGUUUCCGGCCCUCUUCCCGCUGUUGUUCCAGCCCCAGCUGUUGUUGCCGCUCCACAUGUUGUCGCUGCUCCUGCUGUUGUGCCAGCUCAUAGUGGUACCUUUGUUGCCAAGACACGUGGUGCUGUUCAUGUUGCUCCAUUGGCUGGGCAUGCUCAAUCUGUUGCCUCAGUUAAUCUACAACCUGCUCCCGGCACUGUUUAAAUUAAAUCUUU